GAGAAACUCAUGGAGACGUCUGCGCUGGGAGGAUGUAUCGAGGUCUGACUGCAACAGCAGCAGUCAAGAACAGUCUCGUCGGGAGGUUUGAUUUCAGGGAUCUCGCGAGUCUUCGGAGUAUUGGAAGCUGAAUAUUAUGGAGAAUGGACAGGUUUUCCUCAAUUUAAAAUGCAUACCCAUGUGUGAACUCAGGUAAACCAUGAAGUUGUCGUUGUUUCUGACUACCUGUGGUUCUAUCCACAAGAGCCUUAUUGGCAGAACAAAUAUCUUGGCUCCCAGUUGCUUAAAAACUGCAUCCUUAAAUUAUACUAAAUGGCUACCCUUUGCAUUUGGAUAUCCUUUGAGAAAGCUGUGCAUCCAGGCUACAGAAGGUUGGCAUGCUGAAGUUUUGACAGAAAAGGAGCAAAACCUGUUAAGAAGACUUUACAAGGGCAUAGUUCAGAAACAGAGAGCCCAGUUAGCUGAGGCUAUAACUCUUGUUGAGUCUACUCAUUGGAGGAAAAAGGAACUGGCCCAGAUACUGCUCCAGCAGGUUCUUGCCUACCACAGAGAUCAGGAAUGUUUAAAUAAUGGGAAACCACUAGCAUUUAGAGUGGGUUUGUCAGGGCCUCCUGGUGCUGGGAAAUCUACAUUCAUUGAAGUCUUUGGUAAGAUGCUAACAGGGAAAGGGCAUAAAGUAUCUGUCCUGGCUGUAGAUCCAUCUUCCUACACAACUGGGGGUUCUCUAAUGGGUGAUAAAACACGAAUGCCUGAAUUAUCAAGAGACAUGAAUGCUUACAUCAGACCAUCUCCCACGAGGGGCACUUUAGGAGGGGUGACAAGAACAACAAAUGAAGCAAUUUUGCUGUGUGAGGGAGCAGGCCAUGACAUUGUGCUUGUUGAAACAGUAGGUGUGGGUCAGUCAGAGUUUGCCGUUGCAAACAUGGUUGAUAUGUUUGUGCUGCUGAUACCGCCUGCAGGUGGUGAUGAAUUGCAGGGUAUCAAACGGGGUAUAAUUGAGAUGGCAGAUCUUGUAGUUAUAACCAAAGCUGAUGGGGACUUGCUUGUUCCUGCACGCAGAAUACAAGCUGAAUAUGUCAGUGCUCUGAAACUGCUUCGUAAGCGUUCUAAAGUUUGGAAACCUCAGGUCAUGCAUAUCUCUUCAAGGACUGAAGAAGGAGUCCAAGAGCUGUGGCACAAGAUGACUGAAUUUCAUAAAACUAUGCUUGCCAGUGGUGAACUUGUUGUUAAAAGACAGAAACAGCAAAAAGUAUGGAUGUGGAAUGUAAUCCAGGAGAGCUUGCUGGAGUAUUUCCAGAAAAAUCAGGCUGUCAGGGAUCAGAUUCCCUUGUUAGAAAAACAAGUAAUCAGUGGAAUCUUGUCUCCUGGCAUGGCAGCAGAUAUUUUGCUGAAAGAAUUUACAUCAAAAAACUGAAUUAUAUUCACAGCAUGACUUUCACUUGUUGUUGUAACAAAAGAAAGUUUAAGGAAAAUGUAGACAUUUAAAGUGUUUAAUACUCAGUUUCAUAUGUUUUCAAAUAGGAAGAAGAAUUUCAGCUUUGCUCUUUUUACCAGAAAAAUGUAACAGGACCAGUUUCAUGAAGUGAUGCCUUCAUUUUAUGGCACAAUUGUCUUACUGUUUUACUCUAAGAGUUCAUUAAUGAGUAAGAAGGUGGUCAGAUCGUAUUGUAAAAGGAGAUAAGAAAUUCCAAGGCGCAAGAUAAGAAACAUUGUUACUAAAAUAGUAUACUGCAGUGGUACCAUAGUGUGACAGACUGCAACCACUGACAGUACAAGUGCUAAUAUUGCUUAGUUUAUAUUUUUUAGUGAACAUUUACAAAACAUAAACUUCACAAAAUUUUAUGCAAACAAAGAAAAAGAAAGAGUGUGAGAGAGAGAAGGGAAAGGAAAAUAAAGUUGUAUAUUAACUUGCCCAGCACUAUUUCAAAAUGGUUAUACUUUAAAAUAAUCAAAUACAUAAAUUCUUCAUAGGAGAAAACUUCAGAUUCAUUAACCCAACCAUAAUUUUGUAGUAACUUCAUGUCCACUGUUUUAAUUCAUGCAUUCAUCCAUCCAUAUCCCCCUUUUGUGGGGUGUCACAACAGUACCCAUCAUCUGGAGCCAGUGUUCACACCACAGGGUGGCUAUUCAUGUCUUGGUUGAUGUCCUUCCAUGUCACUGUUGCAGUAUAUUUUGCUCAAGGAAACUUCUGCCAAGGAUUUUCCAACGUCUGGCCAGUAUACCAAAGCCUUUAGAUCUUAUAGGCACUGUGUAUCACAUGUAUGCUCCUCACGUGGGGCAUAAAGGUGAUGUACAGCUGCAAAUACUCAGAACUUCUUUGUCACCAGUCUAAACGCUACUAUUGAAAAUCAGUCUGAAUGCUUUUUACUGUGAUGGUUACAAAACCAUUUUUAGAUGAGUGCCCCAUUGGGGUUUCUUCUCUGUUUUUUUCCAUCUCACUGCUUACUUGUGUUCAUGUCAUUGAAGAAGGGAAAAUGACAGUAUGGGAGGCACCUUCCCCAUAAAGGCCAUCUUGACCUAUGUAUUUUUUGCCUAGAUGCUUCCACCAUACGCACUGUUCUAUCUGUCAAGCGUUUGUCCCCAAGACUCUUGGCAAUCACUUGAGUUCCCUUCUCUAUCUUCAACCCUUUCCCUGCUCAGGUCCACUUCCCAGGUUGCUCAACACUCAAUAAAAAGUAUUUACGAUGCUGCUGAUGCCUCUUCCAGUGCUGCUGCCUUUCAUUCUGUGAUGAGGGGUUAUUCUUGGCUUUGCCUGAUGAUGUUAAAGCCAAACAUUUGGAUACUCCUCUGGAUAGUAAAUAUCUUUUGCAGCAGCUGCAGCUGAUCUGUUCAAGUCCCUGCAGGAUAAGGGUAAGGUUCUGCAGGAACUUAAGCAUAUUUUUGUCUCCCCAUACCUAAAUUUCAGAGGAACUACCCUUCUAAAUCCACCUUUGCCCAUAGGCAGACUCAGCAGCCUUCCAAAGGUAAGAAGGGGUCUAGGCAUAUUCCUCCUGCUAAGUCUGCUCAGAUUCCUACAUCUCAAAAGCCUUCCUUUAAGAACAAUCCUGCCUGUAUUUGACAUUUUCUAGCCCCAGUUCCUUUCCAAGAACUGUUCACAGAUGCCCCCCCCCCCAGACAAGUCAAAUUGCCCAUCUACCUUUCUCUGUCCCUCAGAAACUGGUAACAAAUUAACUCAGAUUCCUAGUUGCUGUUUAACAUUCAUCAGGGGUAUUUCAUGGUAUGAAAGUCCCUUUCCCCCUUUUUAGGCAUUCUGCAGACUCCUCCAGACCAGCUUUCUAAUUUUCCAGUGGUUUUGCAGUCCCUUUUAAAUCAAAAUACCAUUCAGCCUGUUCCACCCACCCAAGUGGGAAGGGUUUUUUACUCCAGGAUGUUUUUGGUUCCCAGAAGCUGGGGACUUGGAGACCAAUUCUGGACCUUUCUGUAUUCAGCACAUUCCUCAAGGUCCCUUCUUUCAGGAUGCUCUCUUCAUACUUUUAUUUCCUGUCCUCCUUCUUCAGGCCUCCUUGGUCUCUCUCAAUCUCAGGGAUGCCUUUCUUCAUAUUCCCAUUCACCCUUGUUCAUGAAAUUUUUUUGUUUCUGUGUAGACAAUUUGCUUUUUUAGGCUCUUUCUCCCAGCAGUCUCCUUCAAGAUCUUCACUUCACCACUCUUUUUUUUACAAAGUCUGGGGUUCGCCAUCAAUCUCAAAAACUCAAUCCUUACACCCUUCCAAGAUCAUAUUUUAUUUUUCUUGGUUGCAGGAUUCAGAUCAUUCCCAUAUUGGAUUCUCAUCCUGCUUCCCAGGAUUUUGUCUCUGGCAACCUUCUUACUGACUCUUCUUCCUCUGUCAUACUCAGAGAAUUUCUCAGGAUUCUGGGGUUUAUGGUCUCCACCAUCCCCAUGCUUCCUCUUGCAAGACUCCAUAUGAGGAAGCCUCAGUGGUACCUCAAAUGAGUGUGGAUUCAGCAUUGCCACCCAGUGGAGUUCCGUAUUCCUUUGCUUCCUUGUCUCAAACUUGAGCUCCAGUAGUGGAUUUGGCAAAUUUUUUCCAAUCCAGGGUUGCCUUUUCUGGCCCCCAGUUCCUUUCCAAGAACUGUUCACAGAUGCCUCAGAUCUGGGGUGGGAUGUUUCUUGUGGCCCUCUGAAAGUUUAGAGUCUCUGGCCUCCUCAUCAGAAGUCAGACAGUAUCAACAUAAAAGAGAUGAGGGCUGUGCUUCUGACUCUUCGAACCUUUCAUUCCUUUUUUCUUCCUGGCCCCCUGAAAAUCCUCACAGGCAAUGCCACCAUGAUGUUGGUAUAUCAACAAUUAGAGGGGCAUAAGAUCUUAUCUCCUUUGCAUCUAGCUCUUCAAGCCUGGGGCCUGGCUAUCAGUUAUCAGGUGACUUCAGGCGGUUUACAUUCCUUUAGAGCACAAUCUAGUGGAACACUCUCUGAGCAGAUCCAGAACACAGGCUUAUGAAUGAUGCUUUACAGGGAUGCGUUUCUGGAUGUAGUCCAUCGGUGGGAUAUUCCUCAAGUAGAAUUUUUUGCCUCCGUUUGAACAGAGAACUUCUUAUAAUUUUGUUUGAGAAUACCAAUUCCUCUGACUUGGAAAGUGAAUACACAGUCUCUUUUUUGGAAGAGAAUGCUUCUGUAUGCCUUUCCUCUCCAUCUGUUGCCAAGAAUUCUGCACAAGAAUAAGGCAGGACUCUCCCAAAAUGUUGUUGAUGACUUCCUUUUGGCCCAGACAGCACUGGAUCCCCUUUUUUUUAAUUUGGCCAGGGGCAGUCACCACAGAUUACCUCACUGUGUGGAUCUUCUCACACAAGACAAGGGAUCUAUUUUCCAUCCCCACCUGUCCACUCUUCACAUGACAUUCUUGGUGAUAGGGUUUGGAUCCCCUUAAGGCACCUGUUUUCUGAGGACAUGCUUCAAGUUCUGCAGGAAGCCAAGAAACCCACUACUAGAAAAUCAUGUAUGCCCAAAAGGAAGAGAUUUUCUGUUUGCUGCCUCUCUCGUCGUCAGGAUCCCUUUUCAUUGGGAGUUCAUUGGUUCUCUCUUAUUUGUGUGAUUUGCUCCAUGCUGGCUUGGACAUUCUUCAGUUAAAGCUCACCUGUCAGCAAUCUCUGCUUGUCUGCCCUCAAACCCCACUUUGGCACCUCGGUUUGAGAUCAAGCAGUUUCUUAUAGUCAUCCUUCAUACUGGGCCCCCAGGAAAGCCUAUUUCACCUUCUUAGGACCUCGAUUUUGUACUUGAAAAAUUCACUUGGCUCCUUUUGAACCUUCUAAUUCAGCUUCCUUGCAACGUUAUACUUGGAAGACUGUUCUGCUGUUGGCUCUUACUUCUGCCAAGAGAGUCGGAACUUCUGGCUCUCAUAGCUAUUCCUCUUUUUUAAUUUUUCACAGAAACAAGGUGCCUCUUUGAAUUAAACCUUCUUUUUUGCCCAAGGUGAUUAAUGAGUUUUCCCUUAAUUUGCAUGUUCAACUUCCUUCCUUGUUACCUUCUCUGCAGUAUGCCAGUGAGAAGGUUCUUCACACUUUAGAUCUACAUAGACAGCUCAGAUAUUAUUUGGAUAUAACAAAGAUUAUUCGCAAGUCUGAGCAAUUCUUUCUUUCAUUUCAUCCCAGGACUUUGGGUUUGGCUGUUUCCAAGCAAACCGUCUCGUACUGAAUCUCUGAGGCCAAUUCUUUUCAUGGCAAAUGUUUUCUUUGUCUAUAGAGGCACAUUCUGCUAGGAAUGUUGCCUCUUCUGGUACCUUUUUCAAGUGUUUGGACAUCAAUUACAUCCUUGAGGCUGCUAAUUUCAUCCUGUGUUUAUACUUUUAUUAAGCACUAACAAUUGGAUGUUGUUGCCAGGGCUGUUCUACAUUGGUUUGUAGAAGACUCUUCUGUGCCUUCCUCUUCCUAGUCAUCAUCUUAUCUCUGUACUCUCCCUACAGGAAGAAUACUACAACAGUGACAUGGAAGGGACAGGGUCUAUAUAUUCUCGAAAGCCGACAAUAUCGAAGCUGAUAUUGUCGACACGAGAAUAGCAAA